AUGGAAUGGCAACCUGAUUCACAAAGUCUCAACGAAUUGCAAAGUGUCAUUCGAGAUGCCAUUCGACCUCACCGAGAUCAGCUUUUACUUCACAACAGGCUGCUUUCCUUUAAUGUCAUACCAGAAUAUAAUAACUAUUUAGCUUAUAUUCUCGUGAACAUGACGAAUCAAGACAGUUAUUUGCGCGCAGUAGCCGGUUUAACAUUGAAGAACAACUUGUUGAAUAAUUUCGAGUCGAUCCAUGAGUCCAUUCUAGACUAUGUAAAGAAAUUAUGUCUAACAUCUCUCGAUUAUCCUGAUGCUGAUUCAACUAUUAGAAGAACAAUCAGCUCUGUAAUCACAGCAAUUAUGGUUCGAGGCCAGACAAUAAAUUGGCCUGAAUGCUUGCCAAUCGUAGUAGGGAAAUUAAUAGAUGGAAAUGACAGAACGACAAAUCAAUUCACAGUGGAGAUGGCUCUCGAUACGUUACAAAUGAUAAGCGAAGAUAAUGCUUUUGAUGUGUAUCAAACGAUAGAACCGAUGUCCGGCAGACCUGUGUUAGAUUAUAUAAUACCACAACUCAUACCGUUUGCUCAGCAUCCAAACACUAAAUUCAAAGUUUCAGCUAUUUCAGCCAUAAAUCAAUUUGUUAUGUUACAAGCUUCUUCAUUGCAAGGCGCGCAUAUAAACACCUACAUUCAAUCCUUGAUCACUACGGUAGCAUCCCGUCAGGAAUUUUUAGAGCUAUUGCUAUACCAAGAUCUAUGUCGUUCUUUUACAAUGCUACUGGACAAGUAUACAACAGAGUUACUGCCUUACUUGAAUCCUAUUAUCAACUAUAUGAUCUUUUGUAAUCAACAGACAAAGAAUGCCAAGCUCGCCUUGGAAGCUUGUGAUUUUUGGCACCAGUUUGCUCGUUUAGAAAACCCUGUCCAUCAUCGUUAUGUCAUUCCUUAUCUACCCCAUGUGAUACCUGUCCUUUUGAAUUCACUCAAAUACUCUGAUGAGGAUAUUCUUUUAUUUGGUGACAGUAUGAGUGAAGUGUCAGAAGAUGCCUAUCCACCGCAGGGUGGUGGACUUUACAACAAAAACCUUAAAUAUUAUCAUGCAGAACAACAAGCAACUUAUUAUAGACAGGGUCAACAUAAUAACGGAUUCUACAAUAGUAGUGAUGAAGAAUAUGACGACGAAGAUGCAGACGAGGAUGACGAUCUCGAAGAUGAAGAGUUCUUUUCUGAAUGGACGCUACGAAAAUUUAGCGCGACGUCUCUCGAUGCUUUGGCUUGCACGUUCAAAAUGCAUGUGAUUGACAUUCUUUUGCCGCUUCUCAACCAAGCCUUAUUUGCAGAAGAUUGGAAAAUCGUAGAAAGCGGUAUCCUAGCACUUGGAGCUACUGCGGAAGGUGGUAUGAGAGGCAUCUUACCUCAUCUACCAGCCAUUAUACCUUAUCUGAUUCGACAGUUGUCAAAUUCAAAUAUUUAUAUCAGAUACAUCUCUUGUUGGACAAUUAGCCGUUUUUCGGCAUGGGUUGUUUCACAACAUGAACACUACCAGUCUGUAUUGGGCGAACUAUUGAAAUGCAUUCUCGAUCCGAGUGAAAGAGUGCAAGAAGCCGCUUGUUCUGCGUUCUCUACCUUGGUGGAAGAAUCAACACAGAAAGAACUCGUGCCUUAUCUGUCUGUCAUUCUCAAUCAUUUGACAAGAGCCCUUCGCCUUUAUCGCCAACGAAAUUUGAAAUUGCUUUACGAUACAAUGGGAACGCUGGCUGAGUCUGUGGGCUCAUCAUUAAAUCAAAGUGAAUUUAUUGCAGUUUUAAUGCCGCCAUUGAUCUCCAAAUGGAAUAGACUGGAAGAUACAGAUCCAGAUCUAUUCCCACUUUUGAUGUGCUUGACUCACAUUGCUAGCUCCUUAGGAACUGGAUUCUUACCUUUUACAGAGCCUGUCAUUACAAGGUGUGUUUUACUGAUAUCUAGGACAUUACAGAAUGCUAUGCUCAGACAGGAGGAAGCGUAUUAUGACGAAGACGAGUUUUUUGAAGAAAAUGAAGACUUUAUUGUUGUACCAUUGGACUUGCUUUCCGGAAUUGUACAAGGUUUAGGCACGAAAGUAGAGCCGUUUGUGAUUCAAACUAAUUUAUUACCAUUGUUAACUGUCUGUGCGCAUUAUGAAUCUCGGUAUGCAGUACUUCAGCCUACGUAUGCACUCAUUGGUGACCUUGCCAAAGCUUGUUUCCAUCUUCUUCCACCUUACCUGGAUAAAAUAAUGGCUGAACUCAUCCGUCAAAUCAAAGAAAAUGACGAUAAUGCAGCGUUUAAAUCUGUACGAAAUAAUGCCAUUUGGGCGAUUGGCGAGAUUUCCUUACGUUGGACAAAGGAGGCUAUGGAACCUUAUCUUGAUCCUCUUCUCCAACAACUCAUACCCAUUCUACAAUCCAUUAUACCACCCUCACACGUUUUCUCAGCAUCACAGCCGCCACCCUCACCCACACCGACUGUAUCUCAACAACUCCAGCAAUUACAGCAGCAGCAGCAGCAGCAACAAGAACAGCGACGAGAGCAGCAAGAUCAUCAGCUAAAUAGUAUACUCUCACAAGCUUCCUAUUUAGGCAGUAUGAUCGAAUUACAGGUGAAUACCGUCAUCACAAUUGGUCGACUAGGUAUACAUCAUUCAGAUAGAGUCGCACACUAUCUCUCAUUAGAAACAGCAGUAACAUCACACCACAGGCAGCAGCAGCAGCAACAACAGCCAUUUUCUUUAUGUCGUGCUUGGUUGUACCGAUCACGGGGUUUACGUGAAGAUGAUGAAAAAGAUACCUCCUUUCAAGGCUUUUGUAACGUCGUCCUUCGCCAUUUCCUUGUACAGACGCUGGAUGAAAUGGUUCGUAGGCUAUGCGUUUUUAGCAACUGA